CGGAUCAAGGUGGCCAACCCGGUGGUAGAGAUGGAUGGGGAUGAGAUGACACGGAUCAUCUGGGCCUUCAUCAAGGAGAAGGUGACUGUCCUGCCCUGGGAACGGGCGAGGGUGGCACAAGUGGAGCUGGGGGGGUUGGGUGAGGAACAGNNNGAUGACCAGGUCACCAUUGACUCGGCGUUGGCCACCCAGAAGUACAGUGUGGCUGUCAAGUGUGCCACUAUCACGCCCGAUGAAGCCAGGGUGGAAGAGUUCAAGCUGAAGAAGAUGUGGAAGAGCCCCAAUGGCACCAUCCGAAACAUCCUGGGUGGGACAGUGUUCCGUGAGCCCAUCAUCUGCAAGAACAUCCCCCGCCUAGUGCCUGGCUGGACCAAGCCCAUCACCAUUGGCCGCCAUGCCCAUGGCGACCAGUACAAAGCCACUGACUUCGUGGUGAACAAGUCUGGGACGUUCAAGAUGGUCUUCACACCGAAGGAUGGCAGUGGGGCCAAGGAGUGGGAGGUGUUCAACUUUCCCAGUGGCGGUGUGGGCAUGGGCAUGUACAACACGGAUGAGUCCAUAUCAGGCUUUGCGCACAGCUGCUUCCAGUAUGCCAUCCAGAAGAAGUGGCCACUCUACCUGAGCACCAAGAACACCAUCCUCAAGGCCUACGAUGGGCGCUUCAAGGACAUCUUCCAGGAGAUCUUUGAUAAGCACUACAAGACAGAGUUCGACAAGCUGAAGAUAUGGUACGAGCAUCGGCUCAUCGAUGACAUGGUUGCCCAGAUGCUGAAAUCCUCCGGUGGCUUUGUCUGGGCCUGCAAGAAUUAUGACGGGGACGUCCAGUCAGACAUCCUGGCCCAAGGGUUUGGCUCCCUGGGGUUGAUGACCUCUGUCCUGGUGUGUCCGGAUGGGAAGACCAUUGAGGCUGAGGCUGCCCACGGUACUGUCACCCGCCACUACCGGGAGCACCAGAAGGGACGACCCACCAGCACCAAUCCCAUCGCCAGCAUCUUUGCCUGGACACGUGGCCUGGAGCACCGGGGCAAGCUGGACAGUAACCCUGACCUCAUCAAGUUUGCGCAGACUCUGGAGAAGGUCUGUGUCAACACAGUGGAGAGUGGGACGAUGACAAAGGACCUCGCUGGCUGCAUCCACGGCCUUGCCAAUGUGAAGCUGAACGAGCACUUUGUGAACACAACCGACUUCCUUGAUGCCAUCAAGAACAACCUGGACAAGGCCCUGGGCAAGAAGUAG